UGCACACGAAAUGUCUUUCUUGCUGUCGGCCUAUUCCCUGUUUCUUUGCAGAAUCGCCGUACCAACCCAACAUUUUACAUCCAUGCAGAGGUGUAUAAAUCCCAGGCCCCAGGCCUGGUGGACGGGAUUCCUGCGUCUUUCCCCAUUCAUCACUUUAAUACAAUCCAUAUCAGAGGUAUCAGCCAAGCCAUUGCCUUGUCCUGACAUCACCCAUCGGUGAUCCUUUGUCCCCUACCGUCUUAUACAAACAGCAGUGAGGAAUAACAGCAGGCAGUCAGAGCCUAGAGGAGGACUGUUUUCGGGAAGACAAACUCAUCACCAACCAUGACGCCUCCGAAGCCCGCCAACCCCACCACGUUCACCGAGCCCUUCCUCCAGACGGCCGAAGACUGGCCCAACUGGGAAAAUGCACUCCUGCAUAAAGCCGGUAAACUCCAUCGCUACGUUCUGGCAAAGGAGCAGGGCGUCAAGGAAGUCGUCGCCCCAGAACCAGCCCACUACAACCUCACAGCCGAAGCGAGGGGACGGGUCUUAAAGGCUGGCCGAGAGCUUCACGCCUUUGAUGACGGGGACGAGUUCUUCAUGGACAUCGUCAUUGCCGAAGUCGGAUCCCGUAAGACGGUCGAAAAACCCCAUCACCCUCGCAACGAGAUCCUCGACGACCUGUUUGUGUCGCUCGAUGAUCUCACUCCUAGGGGAAGGGCUGCAUAUGAGACCGAUAUGGCUACCUUUGAGGCCAGGUAUACGAUUUGGAAAGAUUUCGAGAAAGCCGAUACCGCCCUGAGAGCUUGGAUGCUCGAUUCAGUUUGUCCAAACUAUUCCAGGGUUGCCUUCAGGCAUGGGUGGCCUACGCCUGCUUGGUAUGCCAAGCUCGAGGAGAUGGUGGACUACCGGGGCCCUAGUCAGAAAGAAUUGAGACGGCAGGCUCUUAAGGAGUUGAGUAUACACCCUUCCUUCACCGUUACUAUGAACCGGCUUCUGAAGCUGUUCGCAGCCGAGCUUGGUUCCAAGGAGGAGGAGUCCGCGAUCACCCAUGUGAAGUCAGUGGACCCUGAGAAGGAUGGACAGGAGAAGCUGGCUAAAGGAGAUUAUAUGGGAGGGAUCAACAUCUUAAUGGCUUGGAGCUUUGGGGAAGGGGAGUAUGAUGCGGCGGUGAAGGAGGAAGAUGUUGCGAAUGAGUUGUUGGGGACGGUUGCUAAGGGGAGCGGAGAAGGGGGUGGAGGAGUGGGCGAGGGAACAUGUGAAGUCUCGCGGUAUUUGAUGUUUUUUGAGGGAGGGUAA